AUGGUCAUCGUGGACUACUACCAAAACAUCCGCGGAGUCACCGAAUGGCCUAUCUGGUCCCAACCAGAUGCAUCCCCAGCCUCACUUGACGAGCGUGCGUUCAUCGUCGAGGACGUACCGGACAAGGGAAAAGGCAUGGUCGCGCGACGGGACAUUCACGCGGGAGAGCUGAUCUGGUCGGAGCGCCCCAUCUACGCUGCCCGCCGCACGCUCACCUGUGCAUCAGACCAAACCGACGGGAACGGCACCUUCUACCGCGCGGCCUUGGGGCGUCUCUCCGCAACUUCGAAGGAGGCCUUCUUCGCUCUCGCCUCGGCCUAUCCGCCUUCUGAGUUCGACGUUGUACCCAGCAUCCUCAACACGAACUGCCUCGAAAUCCGCAUGUCCGACGCGGAGCCAGAUAUUCACCACGACCCUGUGGAGGACUCCUACGCCGGGCUCUUCCCGACGCUCUCGCGCGUGAACCACUCGUGCGCGCCCUCCGCGAAUUAUUACUUCGCUUUCCCCGCGUUCUCCGGGCAGCUCUGGGCGGCGCGCGACAUCGGCGCGGGCGAGGAGAUCACCAUCACAUACACGCCGCUCGCCGCGCCGCGCAUCGAGCGGCGCGCGUUCCUCGCCCGCACGCGCUUCUUUGUCUGUGCGUGCCCGGCGUGCAUCGUACCUCCUCGUCAGGCGGAGGCGAGCGACGCGCGCCGCGUGGGAGUGUGCGUCCUGUUAGAGCACCUGCAGCACGCGCGAUUUCCGCCCUGUGUUUCGCAAGAGGAGCUGGAGCGCGCGCUGGAGUGGACGGAGGAGGAGGGGAUGGUAGUCGAGCGCGCGAAGGCGUUGUUGUAUGGCAGUCAAGUGCUCACCGUCUAUGGGGAGCUGGGCAUAGCGAUGGAUUGGGCGAGGCGCGCGCAGGAUACCUUUAGGAUGGUCGAGGGGGAGGGGUCUUAUAACGUGCGCAGAUUAAUCGACGCGGACAGGGUGCAUGGCAACAUGUUGUCGGGCCCUAGCCAUCGGGCGGUGUAUAGGUAAAGUCUUUGGGUAUGUUUGUUCUGCCUGGGAUGAUUGGGUAUACAUAGAGUCGUAUGCGCUAGGGAUAUGAGCG